AUGACUGACGUCCCACCAACCGAGUCCAUUCCCAAACCAGAGGAACCUAAAGAACCACAACAGUCUCCUCAGCAACCUCAGUUCCAGCAAGUACCUCCGAAUUACUACCAAUUUCCACCUCAAGGUUACUACCCACCAUAA